AUGUUUCGUUUGUUCUUCUUGAUGGUUUUGGCCAUUUUCUUGGCCGUUUCUUUUGGAACUUCGCAGAACAAUUCUUCAAAUCAGGUAACGUCACAGCGAAGCGAAAAAGUAAGCGUUUAAAAACGUUCAACUCGUCCCUGAUGUACUGGUAAGGGAUCCGGAACUGUUGAAAAGUGGUCUUCGUUGCUCAGGUUCGGCAGCGCUGUUUUCACACUUUUUCAAUGUUGGUAUCUCAAAUUUAGCCACUGAUUAAUUCUAGCCCAGGGGCUCAAUUGAAGCGACAGAAUCCAGCUAUUUUCUUUGAAAAAGUCGUGCUCAUUCGUAAUUUUUUUGUUCAUGAAGGUAAAAGGAAGAAAGCAAAACAGUUGCGAUUGAAUUGACUCCGUGCACGGAAACCCAAGAAUACGCGCGAGUAAUGCGCGAUUAAGACGCGCGAGUAGACACGUGAAAAAGAAGAAGGCGCGAAUCGGCGUCAGAAUCGGCGCGAAUAGAGUACUAAAGUGUGACGUCAUAAAAAUGAAAUUUCCGAAAUUAUGGGAUUUGUCAGGAUAUUCUGAAAGAACAAUGUCCAAGAAUGGACAAAUUGCCAAAAAUGAGCAUUUGGGGGCAAAUUGUCUCUGAGAUCGUAGCCCAGUUAUGCUUGCAAAACUCCAUACAAACCCUUCUAAAUUUUUUUUGGGUCCACCCAAAAAUAAAUUAGGAGGGUUUGUAUGGCGUUUUCUGAGUAUAACUGGGCUACGAUCUCGGAGACAACUUGCCCCGAAAUGCUCAUUUUUGGCAAGUAGGCCUCUUGGACAUUGUUCUUUCAGAAUAUCCUGUAAAUAUUGAUCUCUGACUGGCAAAUCCAGCUGCUUUGCGUAUUCGGAUAUCGGAAAUAAAUAGUCAACCCCGCUAUUUUUCUGGCACUUUGUUUCUUUCUCUUUUGAAUCCAUUUAACUGGCAGGAAUGAUAGUUGUGGCAAAAAUUACGCAAUCGAAAGUGGUACACCAAUAUGGCGACCGGAAAUGGUAUGACGUCACGUGAAAACGAUCUAUUGCUGCAUCCUCUUUAUAACAGUCUCCUGUCUGUCAAUGGAAAAGUAACGCCUGUUUAAUAUUUACUGUGCCUUGAUCGAAAUAAUUUAUUGCGUGUUGAGGUUAGCGUUUGUUGACCUAAAAUUUAUUCAAAUCCUGAAAUAAUCCUCGAACUCGAGAAGCUGAACGUCAAAGUUAAGGUGAGCAAAUAUAUUAACUACUUUCCUGUUGUGUUGCUUGUAUUUUGAAAAAUUCUUUCUGUCAUCUAUCAAAAACUGAUCGAUUUGACGUUAAAAAUAUGGGUGCCCCAAUAAAGCCCUAAAAGGGGACUAUUUUCAAGGGUAAAAGUAUCUUUGCAACGAAUCUUUCUUUUCAAGGGUACCAACCACCGAAACAAAGGAACCCUUUGUUUGUGUAUUACACCUCUAGACCAGUCUGGAUUGGCAUCCACAUACAGUGAGGGGCCCCACGAUGUAAAAUACCAUGAUAUUGUCACAUUAUCUUUUGUUCUUUGCACAAACUGCACGUGCAAUGGCUGGUAUCUAAAAAUAGAAGUCAUACUAGUUAUAGAACGUGCAUCUUUAUCUCUGAUCUCUGAUUUAACAUAGGAACUUAAUGUGUUAUUCAGCUCUAGAGCACUUGUUAUGUCUGGUAAGUCAAAAUUCAUGAGAAUCGUCGAGGCCAAGCAAAUGAACCAUUGAACAGGGCACCUUCCUUAAAAAAAUGUCACACUUAACAAAGCGAAGAAAACUUUAUCGAAUGUUAUGGGAUCUGUGAAAAAGCAAAUUGAAUUUAUGGAGUCAUUAUCAUAAAGUCGCAGCGAUAUAAAUUUCUUUACUGUGGAACGGUUGUUUUUGCCGAGAAACUAAUUAAAAAUUUCAAUUCUUACCUCAGAACAAUAGGUUUUUUUACCUUCCUUUCGCUAACAAUGAGAAAAAUCCAGCAUCCUUCCUUGAUAUUAGGCCGCAUGUAUUAGCUGUAGCCGAGUGUGAACAUCCACCACACAUUCUGAUCCAUAAAAUUCUCACUACGUCCAAAUAAUUCCCGAGAAAAAGAAGUGACGAGGAGGUGAAAUGCUAGAUCCACGCCAAGGCAAUGUACUCCAGUAACAAUGCAGGCGUUGUGGGGAACCAAGUGAUUUUAGGUACUUUAAAAGCAUGCAAACAAAAAUUAUUCUGGCGCAAAAUGAAGAUUAUCUUGUGCAAGGUAUUCUUACAUUUAAUACGUUGAAAAUUCUCGCCAUGACACAGAAAUUUUAGCACUUUCGAGGAGUGUGAAAUAUUAAAUGGGAUUAAGUGCCCACAAAGCUUAUAACUCUGCAUGGUGCUGUACUUCCAGUACAAACCUUCUGCGUCCUUUCAUGCAGCUUACAAUAGGUAGAUUUUGUGACAUUAAUUGUGCAGUCACACUUCGAUACUCUUUUGCGUUACGUGUUAUCAGUGACAUUCUGUGGAGUAGUUCUUAUGAAAGUUUUUGGAUUUUAGAAACAUUAGAAAUAUUCUUAUGGUUUAGAAUAAACUAUUCUUGAAACUGAUCACAUGAGAAUGAUUAUGUUUUGAUCAAAGCUGUGUAAAUCAAACCGAAACUGUGCAGGGACCCUUGCGUUUAUUUCCUGUAUUUUUCUCACCUAUUGUACGGAAUAUGUGUGAACAUCUUCAAAUGUUAUGAAUCGGUAUAUUUCAAAGAGCUACACAAGGAGCAAGAAUACAGUGUACUAUAUACAGAGCGGGGGCAGCUGUAGUGUCAACUAUUACUAGUUUAAAUAAUCUUGCAGCUCUGCUUACAGUUUAAUGGCUUUUCUCCAAUUCACUCUUAAUCAAGCUUAGGAAAAACUUAUUUCUCAACCUUGCUUAGGCUGUAUUUGUUUUUGUUUUUCCAUGCAACUUUCACUUUUGUUGUCUGGGGUAUUUAGAGAUUCAUAUGGUUCCACUGAAACGGAGCUCAUGAGUUCAAAAUAAUAUUUUCGGUAAUUGUUAUUUUUCAUACAGGUUAACCCAUUCGCUCCUGGAGAUUUUGCCGAAAAACGCGUUUUGAAGCUAGUCGAGUGGUUUUCUGGUCACUGUCGUGCUAUAAAGAGCUAAAACUUACCACAAACCGGUCUACAGGUCGUACACUUGGCGGCCUUCUGAUCCAGAUGCAAAAUAUCAGCUUGCGAAGUUCGGGCAUGCGCAGAAAGCAAAAUUUCGACAUAGUUUUUGGGUUUAAAAGUGACACAGCAGUCUUGACUUUUACUUUUCGCUUUCUCUCCUCCCUUCUUUUUUCGCUUUUCUUGCCUCAUUUUUUUUUUCUCUUGCUGGGCAUUUAGUAGGCUUCAUUUUGGUGGGAAGAGUUUUUAGGAAAGCUUUUAGGAUCUUAGGAUUAGGUGAAAGGAAAGGUAGGUGGGUAAUGGAACAAGAUUUUCAUGGAGAUUUUCAGGUCCUUGUCACGUGGUUUUUUGCUUCUUUCUCCGGUGUCCUUGACUGAAUUGUGGUCAUUCUGGUAUGGUUUGAAAGAUCUCUUCACUCUGCACAAGUUACCGAAGAAAGUUGUCCUUGACCGUUAAAACUGAUGACGUCACAAAGGGUAGAAAGGACCUGGAUCCGCACGGGCGGUUACGGGCGGUUCAGGGGCGAAUGGGUUAAUGGACCUACAAAAAAGUUUAAAAGCUGUGAAGCUGUAUCACAAGUUUGUUGCUGUAAGGAUGGUAAGUUUAAAAAUUAAUUUAAAUUAAAAUGAUAAACUACAGAUGUACAAACCAGUUAAUCCCAAAAUAGUUUUAAGGGAAACAAAAAAUAAUUUGACUGAAGUAUAUAAAAUAGGAGGUAAAGCAUUAACUUUAAGUUGAGCCAUUAAAGGCAAAGCAUGUUAUUUCUGACUUUUUUUAUUAUUUCCUGCUUUUUUUUUAUUAAAUUAUUGCCAAUGGAAUGCUUUCUUGACAAACUAUUACUCUCUUCUACCGGACAGAUAUUGAUUAAACUGGUGAUUUUGUUACAAAAUAGUUAUGGUGCAUCCUGGCACUCAUCUUGUGAAAAAUCAUGAGUCACAGUCCAGAACCAAUGAGUCCCAGUUAAAAAAAAAAAAGAGUCCCAAAUUGAAAAUGCUUGGGCCUUUAUGUAACCAAACAGCUAAUCUGAAGACAGCUAGACUCCAAAACUCUGUAUUACAGUAAACUGAAAUUUAACUAAAUUUAGUCCUUCUAUUUUAAAGCACAAUGUAACAAAGGCUAAAAGAAAUAUGCAUCGCUAAACAAAACAGCCAUAAUAACUGCCAAAGAAAUUACACAAAUGGGAUGUUUGACAAAAACACAUGUUCAUUCAAUCGAUUGAUCUUUGCAUCCUGCGGGACGCAUGCCACAAAUUAUUUUAUGUCUAAAGUUGGGGAUUUUUUUGCGCCAGGGACGCAGGACGCAGAGGUAACAAAAUCACUGUUAAACACAAGUUAAUUUGGUUUAUGUCAAACACCAAGAUAUACAUCAUUGUCUCAAUAGGUUAUGCUGUGCAUUAAAAACAUCAAUAUACAACUUAAUACUGUAUUUGAUAAAUAAUGCUUUGUUUUAUUAACAGUAAUUAAUGCCUGUUAAUGUUGAAAUUCACGCCUUUUCGAUUUUGUUUGUUCCAAUUUUUCCAAUCACAAAUAUUACAAAAAGAGAAACAGAGAGGUGGCCCCAAAGUGAAGCCGGCGGGGACUAUAAAAAACAUUUGUUUUUUUGCUUGGCCUAAAAUUAUUUUGCUGUGUUCAGAUUAAGUGUGGAUCAUUCAGUUCAGUUGUGCCUUUAUUAAUUACAGCUGUAUGUUUUAAAUAAUUAGGCAAAGAUGGAAAAGAUGGACAACAUGGUGAGUUAAAUAAAUGAAAUGCUGUGAUCUUCCAUUGUUACUUAUAUUAUAUUAAUAUAAUAAGCGUACAAUAAUAACACUGUCAAUAUAGUGUAUGUUGCAAAUGGUUUAGAAGUAUGAUCCAUUGGUAUAAUUUUUUGGUUAAAUUAUACAUUGUUUUGAAGAAAAUAACGUCAAACACACUGUCUCAAGGAACCUGAAUUGAUAUUGUUAUUGGAAAUCAUGCAUUUAGUCAGUUAUCUGCCAGCAGAUAACUAUAUUCUGUAGCUCGCGCUGAUUUCCAAAAUUAGCUCUAAGCUCUUAGCCAAUGAGAAGACAGAUAGUGAGUACAAUCAGAACCCCAUGGGUUUCUGGUACAAUGUAUAAUAUUAAGUCAUGUUAGUAUUGUCAUGCUAUAUUUUCGGUGGCAGAGGGAUAGGAAUGAGAUGUGGAAAUGUCCCAGUUGAAAAUAAUGCCAAUCGUUUCUAGCUCUAUCCCAUUCUCCAGGUUAGCAGUAGCUAUACGCUCAAGCUGGCAAAAAGUGUAAAUUUUAUAAUCUACAGGUGUAUACUUCACAAAAUAAUAAACCACUGCAUCAUGCAGUCGGCAGCCCAAUGAACCUUCACUUUAUGGGGUUCACUGUUCUUGUCACCGUUGACAUUAAUGCAGCAUUAUAGAUUAAGAAAUAAUUAGCCACCAUGGCCACUGGUAUAAUGAAAUGUUGCUUUUGGUUUGCAGGAAAAGAUGGACGCGAUGGAGUGAAUGGUGAUGUAAUUAUUUUUAUGUUCCUUUCAUUCUCAAAAUAAAUCUUAGCCAUGGUGCUCAUUCUUGUCAUUUACUGUGGUAACAUAUAUUUUUGCAACAUUUCUUUCCCCUUCCCUCGUAGCUGGUUGUCUGUGUUCUACCCUAGCUUUUUAAAAUAAUCCAAGGCUGCGCUCUAAGAAAAAUUGAAGGGAGCCCAGAGCUCUCUACCUGUGAAAUCCAGGGUACUAAGUGUAGGAUUUUUUUGAAAAAGCUAAGAUGUCCUAGUCAUCCAAGAUCAUUAAGUAAGGUGCCAGGUGCCACUGGGUGCUGCUAGAGCAUCAGCCCUGUAAUCUGAAUACUACAUUUUGUUAAUUGUUUUGAACACAGGAAAAGAUGGCCGUGAUGGACGAGAUGGCAGUGGAAUAAAGGUUGGCCUUUCUUAAUGUUAAUGCAUUGUUUUCUCUUUUUGCUUGAAAAGUUCAGAAAUGAAACAAACCAGAGAGCUGUAUAUCUCUCUCAGACAUGGCGUCUGUAGUGUGAAGAUAACAAGUUGGCAAAAAGAAAUUUUACCGUAUUAAACUAACAUUUUGAAGCCUGAGGUAACUUGAAAAUAUAGGCUUUCCCUUUAAGGGAAAGAAGAGGAAGAAAUAAAAUAUUUUUAAAAAAAAUCAAUAGAGUAAAAUGUUUUUUUUGCAACAACCUGAACCUUAGCAAGGGGCACUGUCACCAGAUAUAUUUGCAACAAUGGAAACAGGACAGAAAAAAAUAAUUUUAGUCAUGUUUUCGUUGUUGCAGGUCGUAACAAAAAAGGAACAAGUUAUUGCUAAUCAUCCAUAUACUGCCUUAAGAAAGUUGCUUGUUUCCCUGAAGUGGUUAAUUAUAUUGCAUUUUUAUGUGAGUAUGACUUGUCAGUUCCUUUGCUCUUUAGUCAAUUGAGCUUGAAGGUACUUGAAUUGCCUGGCACUUAAAGGGUGGGGAACUUGUCUCAAAAGCUGAAACUGAAAAUUUUUUGGGCCCUGGUUUUUUUUACCUGUCUUUGAAGUUAAUAUCUUUUGGCAUGAGCCUGAUAAAUCCCCUGUCCCCACUGCCGAGGGGCCUGGAUCCAAAAUACAAUAACUAUAUUUUACCCAGGCCCCUUGGCAGUGGGGACAAGGGAUUUAUUGAUUUAACCCAUUCGCCCCUGAACCGCCCGUAACCGCCCGUGCGGAUCCAGGUCCUUUCUACCCUUUGUGACGUCAUCAGUUUUAACGGUCAAGGACAACUUUCUUCGCUAACUUGUGUAGAGUGAAGAGAUCUUUCAAACCAUACCAGAAUGAGCACAAUUCAGUCAAGGACACCGGAGAAAGAAGCAAAAAACCACGAGACAUUGACCUGAAAAUCACCACGAAAAUCUUGUUCCAUUACCCACCUACCUUUCCUUUCACCUAAUCCUAAGAUCCUAAAAGCUUUCCUAAAAACUCUUCCCACCAAAUUGAAGCCUACUAAAUGCCCAGCAAGAGGAAAAAAAAAUGAGGCAAGAAAAGCGAAAAAAGAAGGGAGGAGAGAAAGCGAAAAGUAAAAGUCAAGACUGCUGUGUCACUUUUAAACCCAAAAACUAUGUCGAAAUUUUGCUUUCUGCGCAUGCCCGAACUUCGCAAGCUGAUAUUUUGCAUCUGGAUCAGAAGGCCGCCAAGUGUACGACCUGUAGACCGGUUUGUGGUAAGUUUUAGCUCUUUAUAGCACGACAGUGACCAGAAAACCACUCGACUAGCUUCAAAACGCGUUUUUCGGCAAAAUCUCCAGGAGCGAAUGGGUUAAGACAGUAUUAGGUACAAGUUCAGAUAGAGUAACCUUCCUUGCCCUAUUCUAUGGUUAUACAAUGCUCGUAGUCACUAAGCAGGUGUAUAGACAAACUCAGAACUAAUAUUAAUUUAAAUAUGGGCUUGGAGCUGUUUUUGUCACUUUUAAACUAAACAAAAGGUGAAAAAAAGUGCAUUUAUUAUGUGUUGACUUUUAAUUUUUAGUCAUUUCGUUACUGUUAAUAAAUAAACAACUUUUAGUGGUAGCAAGUCCAUGAAGCAGUUCUUCACCUACCACAUUCAAAAAGUAAUGUGCUACCCUAUACCUGCAGCACCCAUGCACCAUCAUUUUUCUCAACUAUGGCUGAAGUUUCUUAAAAGAUAAAUAAAAGAUGAAUAAAAUUAAUAGUAAUAGUCAUAUUCUAAGUUAUAGUGUCUCUGUUUGGGUUUCACCUUGUAAAUAUCUAUGGUAGGGAGAAAAAGGAGAAACAGGGAAACCAGGAAGAGAUGGAAGUGCAGGUGUUAAGGUAUUAUAAAUAUGUACUGCUUUUCAAAUGGAGGUUCUUAGUUUCUGGAUCCAUACAUGUGUUCUCUCCAUAAAACAUCGGUGAUCAUAUGGAGCGUAGUAAUGUCUUUUGUGUGUUUAAAUUUGGGUUGGAUUAAGCAAAAUGAUCAAAAUUAUAAACAGACCAGCUUUAUUUUGAUCACACCACAGUAUAGAUUGUUUCUAUUUGUUAUUUACCAUCUGCAUCAUCAUCAUUGUCACUCCUUUGUCACAGUUAGCUUUAAUUACUUAGCUUCAACUUCAACUUCAACUUCAACUUUAUUCAUUCACUUUCAAUUUACAGUUACACGAUAGCUUCCACCCGCGUAUAGGAGAGCCUAAUCGAGGCGGGGGAAGAGACACACAAAUUUAAAGAAAGAAAAGAAAAAAAGAACUAUUUUACAAACAGUACCAGCUGUCUCAAAAUAAUUUAUUACUUAUUGUUCUUCUUCUUCUUCUUCUUCUUCUUAUUAUUAUGUUUUUCUUUUUUCUCAGUUCGUACUGUCCAGGGCUCCAAGAAGUGCCCAGUUUCCUUGGGAGGAGCUUUGGUGGGGGGGGGGAGGAGUCUUCAUUUAAUUGGUAGACAGCACUUUUGUAAAAUAUUGGCUGUGCCUAGAAGACUGAUCUUUGGGAGUUCUUUGAUAUUGAUGUUCCUAGGGAUUUUAUCCGCGUAUUUUCCCAGGCCCGUUUUUGGUAGGCCAAGAGCUCCAAUACCUGCAGGCACAGUUUCUUUUUUAAGGCCCAUCCUUGAGACUUUGAUCUCUGAGUCCUUAUACUUUGAAUUGAAAGCGUUUCAAUCAUUUUGACAGUUGAUGAUGAUGAUGAUGAUGAUGAUGUUGAUAAUGAUGACGAUGAUGAUUAUUACUAUGUCUUGUUUAGCAGUUCGUACUUCUCAGAGCUCCGAGAAGAUACCAGUUUCCUUGGGAGUGGCUGAGGGGAGGGGGAAGUCGUUAUUAUCUAUUUGGUAGAGAGCACUUUUCUUAAAAUGUGGCUGAUCUUCUGAAGGUCCUCAAUAUUGAUGUUUCCAGGGAUUCUUUGGACGUAUUUUCCCAGGUCCUUUGUAAUCAGGCCAAGUGCUCCUUAUUAUUUCUGUUGCAGGGGGAGAAAGGAGAACCAGGAAUGGAUAAAAACAGUAAUGGUGGUGUUAAAGUAAGUGUAAGUUUCAUGACCUUUUUUUGCCUGUAAGACAACCUUAACAACCUUAAUCAGUUCUCCAAAGUGGAUUUACUUCAAUCAAAUAUUUAUGUUUGUUUUUUUCUGCCAACUAAUUUUCCGUGUCCAAAACAAAAACGAGGCCAUAUGCUUUAUCCAACACAGCCACAAACACUACUCAUUCAAUUUUCAUGUCCCUCACGCUUCUAAAUGUUACAUUCGACCUGUUAGUUAUUAUGUCCGAGCUGGCGCUCGACCAAACAAAUUAAUCUGGUCGAAUUUUAUUUCUCUACUGAUUCGUUUCUGGUAUAAAACAAGUACUGCGUGUAACUUUAAGUUUUCUUCUUGUAUCGCUACAGUAAAGGAUAAAAAGGUGAUCAGGUUUUUAAAUUCCCGAGAUCUUUGGCUAUCUACUGGAAUAUUAAUAUAUGUUCAUUAUAAUUAUAAAUACUUUGUUUAAUAAGGGUGAGAAGGGAUCUCGUGGUGACAAAGGAUCCCAAGGAGAGAAGGGAUCACAAGGGCAAAAAGGAAUUUCGGGAACGUGUGAUACAAAGGUAAGUACUACCUUACAGCUCCCAGAUUUUCACUCUUUAUAACCUUUAGUGAUAAUUAUCCUUAUUACAAUAAGCCAUAUUAAUUUAAUUACCAUAAACUGCAUGCACGAUCUCUUCCUUUCGGGCCUGUUGUCUUUAAAAGGGAGAAGUGUACGUGAAUAAGCGGUUAAGUUGUGACACGUGACGGUGAGUAUCGAGGUUUCUAAAAAUCAAAUAAAAAUUAGCUUGCAUGUCCUACUACUCUAAGGAAAGAGGAACAAAAUACAUGUAAUGCACGCAGUCUGCCAUAUAUGAUGUUAACGUAAGAUUAGCUCAAUGUCAUCUUGAAAGCAGGAGCCUUUUUACAUCAGUUGGUGUCCGAUCAAGGGAGAUUUUCGUCAGAAAAAGUUAUCUGUACAGGUGUUCAACUCUGUUUGCACAUAUAAGUACAAUCAUGUACAAUAGUCUAGGGACAUAUUUGCAUUUGUGCAUUUUCAAUUCACACAUGCCCAACCCCUACCCCCACCCUACAAACAACGUUGGACGCGUGUCGGCGUGUAUCCCGAAUUUUUCCGAGUUUCGACAUUGUAUAGGGUGGGGGGAGGAAGAACUGCAAAAAAAAAAUCGAGAAGGAUGCCCAACGUGUAUUUUAUAAGGGCUUCCAGAGAUUACGAAAUAUUAUGAAUACUGCAUCACUGCACUAGGACUUUUGUCCAGGAGUGUAUAUUAGGAGAUUGUUAGCUUUGUUAUUUAUUUGUAUUUUGUUCUUACAACUUAUUUUGCGUUUUAGAGCAAAUCAGGGUGCUGUUUAACUGGUAAGCGCAUUAUUUACUACUGUUGCCUACGAUGUACAUUUACACUGAUUCACGGGAAAGAAGAGUUUCCAAAUUUUAAGUUCAUAACACCGUGGCCCAUCUUUGGUCAUUGCAAAACCACAACACUUGAGUAAAUUCUUUUGUCGAUUAAUUCUAACUAGUUUUUUUUUCCUUGACAUUAGUUUGUUAACAAAGGUGUUCAUCCUUUUUUUCUUGUGGAAGAUUGCUCUAUUGGACUCCACUUCUUUGAAAAAGUUCAAGACCUACCAACCCGAGGAGCUAUAGGUGUGGAACAUUUCACCAUUGAUGGAAACUUGUUUCUUGCUUUUGCCAAUCAUCAUGGGGACAUUAGGAAACGGAAAACAAGUUCCAUGAUCUACAAGAUGGACAACUCAACUGGAAGAAUGUCUUUGUACCAGAACCUGCAAACAAGAGGAGCGUAUGGCCUGGAGUACUUUUCUAUCGCGAAUAAACAUUUUCUUGCUGUCCCUACCCAUUACGACGGAACAUACCGGGUGGACUCUACAGUCUAUCAAUGGAAUGUGUAGCGAAGAACUAAAACAUUCCAAUUGCUAAUCUUAGUAAUAACGGGAACUUUAUAAGCGUAAUACUGUCUAUUCGUUGAGAAAGGGUUUUUAUAGGAAGGGACAGAUACAAUAACCAGAAUGUUUUGGUUGAUACCGUGAAAUUUUAGAAAACAAAUGUGCUUUAUUAUCGCGGCGAUUAGUUGCAAUAAAGAUGUGCUUGGAACACUAGGAGGUUGUGUAUUUUUUUUUAACGAAAAUGCUACAAAAAUGAAUCUGUUGCGUAGCUUGUAUUUCUGUCUGUUUCAACGUUAUGUAUCAUAAUGAGCACAGCUUAAGCAAUCAGCAAACGGAAAGGAAAGUUAAAGAAUGCAUAGGCUUUAAACGGUGAUUCCUUAUGCAAGUAACGCGAGUUUUUAUUGGCCGAUCGAUGAACGUAGCAAUGUCGACUAAAGCAUUCAGUUAUGGCGUUAGUUUAAUAACCGUCGUUUUACACUUUGCCAAUUAGAUACAAGAAGUAUUCGAGCGAUCAAAUUAGUUUUCAAAACCAGCUCAGCUUUUCUGGAAUAUAGGCGUUUUGAGGCUAGACGAGCCGUUGUCUGCUGCUCACUAUCUCUGCCUUUAAAGAGCGAAAACUGCCAGGAACGUCGUCUACAGGUCGAGCACUUUACGCCUUCUAUUCCAGAUGCAAUAUAUCGGCUUCGGAAGCACGAAAGGACGGGAAACUGUCGAUAUUUUGGGUUAAAAAGUCGUGGCAUUUUUACCUUUCGCUUUCCCUCCUCCCGUCCUUCUUCUUUGUUCAGUUUUUCGGUCCUGGGAAUUUAGUUGGCCUGAUGUCCGUAGGAAACGUUUUGGGGCCUCGAGACUUAACGGGAUUAGAAGGAAGGAAGUGCAGGUGGUUAGUGGAGGAUUUUUAUCAUUUUAGGCUCAAUGUUACAUAUUUUUGUUCUUUUUAUCCGGCCUCCUUGACUUAAUUGUUCUGGAAUUUUAUUAUAUUUUUAUUUUAUUAUUUUGCCACACAGAAUAAAUUACAAGUAAAAUAAAAAAGAUAAUAAACAUGAAAUUUAAAAUUAGCAUGCAGUUUGGAAGGAGUGACUGUGGCGCGGAAAUCUCCGAGAAGCCAACGAGAUUAUUACGAAUAGAGAUUUCCCGCCACUGGCAAUUUAAAUACUAGGCGACAUUUAAAAAUAAAGAAAAAAGACUGCAUUUUAGGUAUAUAAGUGCGUUUAGUGUAUAUAAGUGUGAUUAGAGAAAAAUAUAGAUAUAAAGUGUUAAGGUAUUUAGUUGCAUCCUGUCUGACCCUUAAAAAUGGUUUGAUCACACGCUUGAAUAUAUUAAAAGUCGGGGCGUUUUUGAUGUUGUUCGGUAAUGAAUUCCAUAUUCUAGGACCUUGACACCGAAUCGAAAUUUUUUUAAUAUUUGUUCUACAGGUCUGAGGUCGGUAAAAGUCAGAGUAUCUGGUUGAAUAUUGAUGAGUCUGAUUUCCAAUUUGAAAGAUUUGAGUAAAAGAAAUAGGUAAAGCAUCAUUAUGAUAUAGGUACAUGAAAGAACUUACUUGGACAGAGUAGAUACUAAAAACAUCAAGAAUUUUCAAAUUUGCAAAAAGAGGUCUACUUGAAGCCUUGGUAUGGUUUGAAAGAUUUCUUGCUCCUACAAAAGUUAGAUGACACAGUUGUCUUUGAGCGCUAAAAUUGAUGACGUCGCAAAGUUAACCGUUUAAGGGCGUGGACUACAUCGACCUUGCUGAUCCUUGCAGUAUGCAGGACGCGUGUCAAAUAUGAACCUAGUAUAUGGCGUCGCUCUCCAUGAGUUCUCCGUAGCUCAAGUGGAUAGAGCGCCCGCCCGGUGUUUGGGAGGUCAUAGAUUCAAAUCCCGUCACCGAGCUUAAAAUUUACCAUCUUUCAUUCUUUCAAUGUUGGAAGUUGUUGGCGAACAAUUGCGUCCGUUUGCACAGGUUAAGUGAGAACUAGUCUAUGACUACUUUUUCCUAGCAAGUGAGUGCACCAUAAGGUAAUAUUUUCACUUGUUUUUUUGUUUUUUGCCUGCGCGCUAUGCUGGUAUCCUCUUUUCACCCCAGGGCAUUACAGUCAAUCGACUGGAAGUCUCGGGGGAUUGUUCUUGCCUAUUUAAGCCAGUUAUCCCGCGUUUUCCUUCUUUUUUGCCAAGUAAGACCGCGUGCAAAAGGACACAACUUAUCCUGGCCAACAACUCAUGCAACUCCCAACAUUGUUAGAUGAUACAUGUUGCGUCCGUUUGUACACCUUGUUGCAUGUUGUUGCGCGUGCGCAAAGUUUGAAACCGGUCAAACUUUUGAGCCAACAACUCCCUACAUUUCUUUUGUUUCGUGAUCGUCGAAGCGUAGCGCAACAAUUUUGGAUCCGUUUGCGCAGCUUUUCCAACAUUGUUGAAGCCACGCACUCGCAUUACACAUUGUCCCUAAAGUCUUAUAGGUCAUACCCUUCCCACGAUACACUGCAGGUCCCAACAUUGCUUGGAGUUGUUGCAUCUAUUUGCACACCACUGCCAACACGGACGCAGCAACUCCCAACAUACCCUCCCACCUCCCGUUCGUCGACGCAUAUCCCCCUCUACCUUCACCGUCUUACGAUCCUCUGCCUUUGCAAAAUCUCGUUUCCCAUAACUGUUUUUCGCAAUGGCAGUAAGUGGUUGUUCUGACAGUGGAAAUGGUGUACGAUAAUGAUCCAGCAUGCUUCAAAAUUAUCAUACCGAAAUAUCAGUUUGUUCUUCUGUUAACGGCAUGCAGUGUAGACGCCAUAACAAGAAACAAUGAGAAACUGAAUAUAAAGUAAGGAGGACGUUCACAUGGCAACGAGCGAAUUUACUUCCGGUCAAAAAAUUCGUGAGUUUAGGAUUCUUUUUACGCCCGCACUUCUCAUUUCAGCUUAGCCGUGUACUAAAUCAAAUUCCGAGUAUUAUUCAUUCAAGUCCAAAAAACAGGUUAUCGAAUUUCCACCAAGUUUCUGAAAGCAGAUCGAGGUGAACAAAGCAAUAGUGCAAAUUUGAAUAGAAUUUCAUGGAUUACAGUUCAUUUGUUUAGGAGCUGCAAAUUGCCGACAACUAGACUGAAAUAUUCAUAGAGGCACUUUAGUUUCUUUAGGUUGCCAUUUAUUUUUUUAUUUUCAAGUCAGUCCGAGUUCGACACAGACUCUGCGACUGAGUUCGAGGCGUUCGCUUGUUUGUUCAUAAAUGCAAAAUGCUUUCAAUAGUAUAUAUAAACUUCCUGCAUGAGUGCCUUUUAAAAAUAUGAUUGAAAAAUGGUAAAUGCGAGGCCAACCAUUUGCUCAAGGAUAAAUAAUAAGACAUUUAAAGGGGAUUAAGGGCAGAGAUUUUAACCCACAAUAACAUAGCAGGCGAACCAGGUUUUUGAGGUUGUUCAGAGUAAAGUUUUAAUUUUGAACCCUGGCGUGAAUGGAAGAUCUGUUUAUUAAUGAAUUUAGUUCGUCCGCCAAACCCAAUGAACAAAGAAUGGUAUCGCGUUUAUUCAUGUCCUAAUUAUGCUAACAUUGUUUCAAAAAUCUUGUGCCUUUAUACAUUUGACACUUUCUUAAGUUUACGUCUGAGCCGCUGAACCACUGAAAAAUAGUAGAAAAUGUUUCGAUUGAUCUUCCUGCUGCCUUUGACCAUUUUCUUGGUCGGUUCGUUCGGAACGUCGGAAAGGAAAUCUUCUAAAAAUGUAAGCCGAGGGUACUUUAUUUUCGAAAAUCUGGCCGGUACUCUUGUCGCCGUAUAUUCCCUUUACCGUAUUUUCUGUAGUCUGGGACUGAAAGUUGUCUAAUUUUUAGCAACGUUGCCUUAAACCUUCUUUCUUUUAUUCAAUGAUUAUAAUCAAACAGGCGAACAAAUCUGCCGGAAGCCAAAACAAUUGUAAAACUGUUCCACCGCUUGGAUGUGGAAGAGAUGGUAAGUUCUCCAGUGUUAUGAAUCGUCACUGACUCAAAUGUAAUGUUUAGUAGCCACUUCGUAGUGUUCUUAGAGCCAGAAAAGAUUGAAAAAAUGGAAUGAAUGGUGAUCUAGUUUGAGGUGGAAAUUGUAUUUACAUUUAUCGACGAGCCAAUUCCUUCAGGCCGAACACUAACAAAUCCGCGAUUUUAAUGCAAAGUAAAAACUGCAAAACAGAAGUUACAAUCAAAGACAUCGCACUAUUGUUUGGGUUCAGAUAUCUAAAAGUUACCCCUAGAUUCGUGUUUAUGAUAAUACUGAAGGAAAAAAGAUACUGCAGUGUUCAAUUUUCGUGGAGUGCAAAACUGACUUGGGAAGAAAUAAAACUACUAUUGAACAGCGAGUUACAAAUUCCACAAUAGUAAUAAAAAUAUGAAAAUUUGUUUUUUGCAAAAGUGCAUACAAUUAUUUGGUUUCUUGUACUGUCAUAACUGAAAGCUCUAAAGAAUAUUCUGAGGUUUUUGUUGAAUGAUCUGCUCAUAAAAGCUUCAUUUUAUACGCGCGAUAGCUUAAGUGCUAAAUAAAAGCAGUGAUGUAAAUAAAUAUAAACAUCAAAACCAAGUGAUACCAAACGACCCAAAUUGUCGUGUGUGGAUUAAUGCCUUUCCUGCGUUGAAAUGCAUUCUUCAGGAAGAGAUGGCCGCGACGGACGUGAUGGAACUGUUGGAGCAAAGGCGAGUUAACGUUCUCUGUACUGAAUUACACAUCUAGAUCAUAUUAUCAUUGUAUUAUGACAAGAUUUAUUUGUCAAUCUAACUUUUAAUUCUUAGCAAGAGAUCCUAUAGUGUACUAGCAAUUCAAAUCUCUGAUAAAACCUCUUUCAUUUGGCAAACGUUUUGUAAAAUAGUAUUUAUUUCUUUAGAUUUGGCAAAGAUACAUUUGUAUUUUUUCGUCGUUUUCCCUUGGCCACUAUUAGGCUAUCAUUAGGAAUGGAAUUGUUAAGGUCUGUUUACCAAAACACGGCCGAGACAGCCAGCAUAAAAACGUCUGUGUAUUUGUAGCUUGUUUCAACUCGCGUAAUCAUUUAAACGUGGGAAUCUGAAAAGGGACAUCAAGACUGAUAAAAUUCUUCAUAAUGUAUUUUCCCCUAUAUAAAACGUUGCAUUGGAUAAUUUCACGUUGAGUUGUGUUCGAGGAAAAAUUAAUUGUGAUUCACGUGUUCAAGAUAUACAUACAUUCCAAUCCAUUAGUAGAGCAGUUGCCCGGAAAAGGAGAAAUAAAUUCUUACGUUACGUGUCUCCCUAGAAAAGGAAUCAUAUGACACUAAAUGGUUUGACUAUAAUGAAGUUGUACAUAUUCAGCACCACCGUCUCAUUGGAAAUUAAAAGGAUUAAAAAGGAGAACUGAACAUAAACACACAAGUCAGUUAAGUUUGUAGCGAUGGGGAAUAUAAAGCAAAAAAUAGGAAAAAAAUUUCAGAGACAUGUCAGUCUGUUAUAACAAAAGUGACAUGCAAAAAACUUAGUAACUUUGAAGCACUUUCUAAAAUGACAAAAAAAAUCAAGGUGUCGUUCUUGCACUGAGCUCCUCAAUUGACAAAAGAAAUAGCCUAGAAAUAUCAGGUUAGAGCUCUCGGGAGCUAGCGGCACAAGCCAAACAAUUUUACUCGAUUGCAACUCCCAUCCUUCCCUUUAACUUGUGUAAAAAGAAUCAUAUCUAUAAUCCAUGUCACUUAAUAUCAGUUUGGCAAUAAACCUCUCAGAAAAAAGUCGGAAAUCUCUGCCGCUUGGUUAUUUUGGUCGGGUCUCUGGGAAAUAAUGGCAGUUCAACAUUUCCCUCAAGAAACUUGACCAAACAGAAUCAAACACGUCGUUUGCUGAUCCGAUCCCUGGUUGUUUUGUUAUUCUUAUCGAAUUUUAACUUGGAGCUUAACCAAGAAUGUCUUGAGUCUCAUUUCAAGCAGUAAUUAGCCAAAUAUCGUGAUUUUUUGAUGUCUUUUAUAUCAAUUACUUACCUCUAUCUACAGCUAAUUCGACAAUUAAUUCAGCACUUUUAAUCAGCCUCACAAAUCGUUUUAUUUCAGUUGCUCAACCUCCAAAGCUAUUUUUUGGCCCUAAUGACUGUUUCCCUUGUUUCGAUUCGCAUUCCUCUACCAGCAGCUUCUGCCCGUUAUUUGCGCUCUGUGUUUUUCGAACUAGAAGUGGUUUAUUCACCCUCAAUACUUGUAGCUAGAAUCCUCUUAGUGAUUCCCCUAAACCGCUAUAUUUAUUUUGCCGUUUCACUAUCCUUAGAUUUGGGAUUGAUGUUUUCUUUUCCAGGGAGAAAAAGGAGAGGCAGGGAUACCAGGACAAAAUGGAAAGGCUGGUGAUAAGGUAUUAGUUUAGAAAUGUACUACUUUUUAAAAACUUUUAAGUUUCUUCUAAAAAGUUAAUAUAAGCUCGGUAAAAUUUUGCAUAAAUGAUUGCGCAGUCUAUUAUCGUGGGAAAUCCAACAAAAAGAGGCAGUGCGCGUAUGAACGAAGGAUAACGAAGUGAUGUUUUCAUAUUAACAAAGAAUUCAAAGAUAUUUUCUGCCUAAGGCUGCUGAUCUUUACUCCCAAAGUGUAGCUCCAUAUUUUUAAAUUUACGAUAACAACAUAACGUUUGACUUAUUUACUGAACGCCAAGUGGAUUUGAAGAGUUGUUGUUUUCAAGUUGUGACUAGUGUGACGGAGCCUAAAGAUGUAUAAGAUGUAACUUUGACCAGUGUAUCUGUAUCAAGUCAGGAUUGACUGGGAUAUUGCUUUCCAUUCCCGGAAAUUCAAUACAUUACAAUUUUAAAUAUGAAGUUAUUUGAACUUUUUUACAACCCAGCUAACCAUUGCAUCAAUUAAAAAAAAAAAUUGCUAUAAUUUCAGAUCAUGUUCAAUGACUUGGGCUGGAAUCAUUUUAUCCUGUAAAGAAAUCCAAACUGUAGGAUAAUUUUUGAUUUGUACUAAUGCGGAUGCCCCAUGUUGGGGUUUUCCAUGUCCCAAAUUAUAUCUUUUUUAAAAAAAGGGUGAGAAAGGAUCGCAAGGUGAUAAAGGAUCACAAGGAAAGGAUGCACCACAAGGACAAAAGGGCAAACAGGGACUAAGGGGAAUGCCGGGAACAUGUGAUACUAAGGUAUUCUCCUCAAGAUAUUUGGGCUUUUUUUGACAGGGGGUGAAAAAGGAUCUCGUGGUGUCAAUGGAAUUACUGCGUUAAAAGAUUACAAGAUUUACACUCUUUAUUAUCUUUUGUAAUAGUAAACCUUAUUACAAUAAGCCAAAUUAAUUUAAUUGCCAUUCCUUUAGGCAAUAGUAGAAUUGAAUUUUAAAAUAUGAUAAUAUGAAGCUUCCCAGAUCAUCAUUACUGUCAUUUUGAACGGCUGUAUUCCCGCCCUAUAUUUCGUUUUGGAAAUAUUCGGUGUCCAUUUCUGAGAGGUGUCCGUGUUUAUUAAGUGUACUUUUAGGAAAAUGACUGAACUACGUCAGGGACCAACACUUGGUGAUACUUACUUGGAGAUACUUGGUGUCCGAUUUUGGGAGAUGCUAUUUAAAAAAAACAAUGACUGAAUAGGGAGUGUUUCAUCAAUAACUACAUCAGCAGAUUGUUAGUUUUGUAAUUAAAUUGUAUUUUGUCGUCGUUAUUUUGUGUUUUAGAGCCUAUCUUCCAGCAAAUCAAGGUGCUGUUUAACCGGUAAGAACAUUUUAUCAUUUAUUACUGUCGUCUAUGAUAUACAUUGAUUCAUUGGAAUUAGAAAAGUUUCCGAAUUUUAAUUUUAUAAAAACGUGACUUCUCUACAGUGAACUUCAAGAGUAGAGCACAUAUUAAGAAACCUUCCUUUGUUGUCUUUUUUUUCUGUUGUGAAGUAUUUUGACUUAUCCUUAAAGUUGCGCUUUUGUUUCAUUGGGUGGGUCAGGGUUAGUUAGGAUUUGUUCUCUUGGUGUUUUCCUGUUUUAAUUUUAAGUUUUCACUCGUACUUGAAAUUUGCUUGGCUUUCAAAUUCACUUACUUCCAUUUCUGAAAUAUUUUUGAUUUGGCCUAUUCGGAAGUGAGUUUUAUUCUGGAAGUUGUGUUUAUGAGUUCAGAGCUGACCUAGGGUAUUAGGUAUUAAGUCUUGUUGAAUUAGUUUCUGUUUGGGUUCGUUAACCAACGUUGUUAGUUUUUCAUUGGGUUGUUGCUUCUUGCCGAUCGCAGCCGUUUAGGUCCAGAGAUAGCAAAACAUUACCUACACUGAGUUUGCCAGCCUUCUUUUAUUCUCACGGUCAGCAAACCCAAACAUCACCAGGUUUAGCAAUAAAAGGCUCUACUAUUUGGAUUGUUGGUAGUAGGAGUAGGAGUAGGAGUAGGAGUUAUUAGUGAUCCGUAGGAGCAAGCUGUUAUAGCUGUAGAAGCUAAUUAAAGAAGAGUAAAGAAGUGAGAAGAUGUAAAAUAAAAGCAGAUUUCGGGUGCUUGCUUAUUUUAGUUGUUUUGCUUGUGAUUUCUUAAUAAGAACGAUUUUAAUUAAUAUUUUUUUUCUUGUGGAAGAUUGCUCUAUUGGAUUCCACUUCUUUGAGAAAGUUCAAGACUUACCAACCCGAGGAGCAGUAGAUGUGGAACAUUUCACCAUUGAUGGAAGUUUGUUUCUUGCUUUCGCCAAUUAUUAUGGGGGCAUUAAAAAACACAAGACAGGUUCCAUGAUCUACAAGAUGGACAACUCAACUGGAAGACUUUCUUUGUACCAGACCCUGCAGACAAGAGGAGCGCAUGGCCUGGAGUACUUUUCUAUCGCUGACAAACAUUUCCUUGCUGUCGCUAAUCAUUACGAUGGAACAUACCGGGUGGACUCUACAGUCUACCAAUGGAAUGGAAAGCUGUUUGUCGACUUUCAGAAAUUAUCAACAAACGGAGCAAUCCACAUCACCUUUUUUAAUGUAAAUGGGGAACAUUAUCUUUUAGUAGCCAGCUUCCGUGAUGGAGGUACCCACUCUACAAAGUCAGUUAUCUAUAAAUGGAGCAGCGGCAAGUUUAACAGAUUUCAAGACAUAUCAACUGAAGGUGCCAGGGGAUGUACGGCGUUUGAGAUAAACGGUGACACAUUCAUUGCUUUUGCAAAUCAUUACAGCUCCCAAAACAAGCAUUCUGUUGAGUCUACUGUGUUCAAAUGGUCAGGAGGUCGCUUUGUUAAACUCCAGUCUCUACAGACUUACGGAACGUACGAUGUGAGGUCUUUUAACAUCAACGGUCACAAGUUUCUCGCUUUUGCCAACUUCUACUCUGGAAGUAAGCACAACACCGAUUCCUUUAUUUACAAGUGGAAUGGUAACAAGUUCGUCCUGUUCCAGUCCAUUCCUACUCGAGGCGCUACAGGCUGGUAUCCAUUUGUGAUCAAUGGUCGAACCUACCUUGGUGUGACUAAUUACUACGGUGAUAGUCAGAAGAACAACGCCAAGUCAGUUGUGUACCGGGCCUCUGGAGCGCGGUUCAUCAAAUACCAAGAGAUUCCAACGCAUGGAGCGCGUGGUAUGACGUCAUUUGAGUACAAAGGUCAUACUUACCUGGCAGUGGUAAACCAUAUUAACAAAAACAGCGCCCUGUACAAGUGGGUAUAG